GGGCGGGGUCAUGGAGGCCCCGCCCAGAAGCCACCUGCGACAGGUGGAGCGCGCGGCACCGGGCGGGCGCUCGGCCAUGUCAGCGGAGAGCGUGGGGCAAGGUCUGGGUCCGAGACCGGGACCUGGGUCGGGGUCCGAGUCGGAGCCGCUCUGUCCCGAACACGGCCAGGCUCUGAGGUGGUUCUGCUGCUCCGAGCGACGGCCGGUGUGCGCCGCCUGCGCGGAGCUGGGCGGUCGCUGCCAGGGACACCGCAUCCGCCCGGCGCAGGAGCGCGCAGAAGAGCUGCGGAACAAGAUUGUGGACCAGUGUGAGAGGCUGCAGUUACAGAGUGCCAGCAUCACCAAAUAUGUGACCGAGGUCCUGCCAGGGAAGAACCAGGGAGUAGUGAGCACCGCCAGCGCCGUGCGGGAACUGGUCAUCCAGCGGCUGGGUCUGGUGAGGAGUCUGUGUGAGACCGAGGAGCAGCGGUUGCUGGAGCGCGUGCAUGGCGAAGAGGAGCGGGCCCACCAGAGUAUCCUGACGCAGCGAGUGCACUGGGCUGAGGCACUCCAGAAGCUCGACGCCAUCCGCACCAGCCUGGUGGACAUGCUCACCCACGUGGAUGACCUCCAGCUGAUUCAGAAGGAGCAAGAGAUUUUUGAGAGGACCGAGGAAGCAGAGGGCAUUUUGGAUCCACAAGAGUCAAAAAAGUUAAAUUUUAAUGAGAAGUGUGCCCGGAGCCCACUACUGACCCAACUCUGGGCGACAGCAGUUUUCGGGUCCCUCUCAGGCACAGAGGAUGUGCGUAUCGACGAGAAGACUGUCAGUCCCUUCCUGCAAUUGUCGGAUGAUCGAAGGACCCUGACCUUCAAUGCUAAGAAGUCCAAGUCCCGUGCAGAUGGCCCAGAGCGCUUUGACCACUGGCCCAAUGCCCUGGCCACCACCUCCUUCCUGGCUGGGAUGCACGUCUGGAUGGUGAACGUGCAGAACAGUUGUGCCUAUAAGGUGGGCGUGGCCUUAGGCCAGCUGCCCCGCAAGGGUUCUGGCAGUGACUCUCGUCUGGGCCACAACACCUUCUCUUGGGUCUUCUCCCGCUACGACCAGGAGUUUUGUUUCUCACACAACGGCCAGCACGAGCCCCUGGGGCUGCUGCGUUGCCCAGCCCAGCUGGGCGUGCUGCUGGACUUGCAGGCCCAGGAGCUACUGUUCUACGAACCAGCCUCGGGCAUGGUGCUCCACACCCACCGCGCGUGCUUCCCUGGGCCCCUCUUCCCGGUCUUCGCUGUGGCUGACCAGACCAUUUCCGUCGUCCACUGACCUUUGGCCCAGAUCUGCCUCCCCACUACCCUUUUAGACCACAUUUCUACCCAGCGUCCUCUUCCCAAAUGUUGCCUAUGCCCACUGGGCAGCUUAAGGAGGGGUAGGGAUCCGUUUCAGAUCUGGUACAACCGUUAAGUGCUGGGUAUCUGUGGGGAGCUUGCUACUCCCUGGCUUUAGUCUCCCAAAUCCACCCUCUGAGGGGGUCUUGUUCACCACUUUAUCUCUGGCAUCCAGCACGGUGCCUGGUGAGUGUGCAGUAAAUGUUUGGUGAGCGGGUAGGUGGAUGGAUGGAUGGGUAGGUGGGUGGAUGGGUGCAUGGUCGACUCUUCUGAGGGCCUGUCUUUCAGGCCCCUGCCCCAGCUUCGAGCACACAGAAGUGGUUCUCUGGUAGAACAGCCUGUGUCGGAAACCCUUUCAUCCCCUCAAUUCAGUGCUUCUCAGUCCUUUUCAUGACAUGGCACAUAGAGAAAAUAUUUUUCUAGCACACGAGGACAACCUGGAAGGGAUUUAGAACUCCUGCCAGGCUGUUCCUAGUCAGAGGACUCUGGCCUUGGGGAGCUGUGCCCUCUCCCAGGCCUGCCCGGCUGCUCAAAAAUCAGAGGAUCCCACCAUGGUGACUGGGGUGAACUCCUGCCCCCGCCGACCCUCACCGCCUGCAGCUGAUGAGUACCCCACCCGAAGGCCCCUUCUGACAUAAUGUAGAGACCUGAGGGCCUCAGGCCAGAAAGAGCUAGAGGAGAAAGAGGGCCGGCCUUAAGGAACGUGGACCUUAUUAAAGGUUUUAAAACACUGAAAAGUUUCUUCAAUGUUCUUUGUUGGUCACUGGGCAAAUCCCCCAAGUGGCAGCUCAGAUCUAGAGGUACAUUUGCUGGGAAAUCGAUGUCUUCUUCACCUGCAUACACAGCAGAGCGCCUGGAGAUGGUUCUGUGCCCUGCUCCACUGGGGCCACAGGCCAGUGUUUUCCUGUUCUCCAAGGAGAGCACAUUAGAAUAGUGGUCCUCACAUUUUUUGUUUCUUCAGGGACCACAGUUCAAAGGCAAUCUUACCUACAACUUCAGUCUCUUGGGCUCAAAGAUGGGGGCCAGAGCCCUCCCCACUCUUAAGUUUGCUCAGUUAUUUACUUGGAACAGUGGGAAGAUAAAUCCAGUUCACAAACCUACUGGCAACUCUUUUGUUUGCAGUGACUGCUGAGGCCCUUGCAGCUCUGAGACCACAGUUCAUGCCCCCAUCCUCACUGCCUGACACUCGGAAGGUGUCUGAGAGGAACUUCCUCACUUCUGCCUGGGCGAAAAACCUGGGCCAAAGCCAAAUUUUUCCACAUGGCACCCAAAGGCUGCUACGCCACGCUCCCCAAGCCACCAGCCCAACUCCCCACAGCAACCCUCAGUCCACAGUUCACAGGCCUGCUGCUAAGGAGGCCCUUCUUAUCUUUCUGCCCAUCUGAACACCAGCCCCAGUUCAGGGUCCAUUCCAGAGCCUUCUCUGGCUGUUGGCAUCAGAACAUACACUGUAUAUGUGCCUGUCUGUGUGCUUUUCACCUGUGGUAGCCCCUGUGCCUGGCACUGGGUAGGGCACAGAUGUAAAUGCCAGAGAGAGAGAUGUGUGUGUAUAAAGGGGAGAGGCAGGAAGAGAUGGAAUUUAAAAAACCCAACCUACUUCUUCAAUCUCCAGUGAUUUUCCCCACAUUCCCAAUACUGCCACCUGGGGCUCUGGGCCCCAUUCUGUGUUUUCCUGUCUCAUUUAUGACUGGGGUGUCCUUCAAGGUUGACAUCUCAAUUUUUAUUUAGGACACCUCACUUUUUCUCCCAGGAUCUCCACUGCAGUAUGUCUCAUGUGACAGGGAUCUCUUUCUACUUGCAAACUACUGGUCAAGCCCAUGGGCUUUGGAGUCAGACAUGCCUAAGUUGGAAUCCCGGCUCCCUUAUGUACUAGCUGUGACCUCAGGCAGGCUACUUACCCUCUGAAUCUGCCUGUCAUAAUAAAGUGGAGGUCACACUACCCAUACCCACUAGAUAGCUUUGAGCGUUAUAUAUGCAAAUAAAGGACUAGCAGAGUACCUAACACAUGGCAGGCAUAAAUCGAUAGUUUCUUCUCAUGAUUGUAAUUAUGGUGUUCCUUGUCUAAAAUCUGCGUAGACUAUGUGGUCCUAGAGGACACAUCGCUACAGUACAGCUUAUCACCCUGAUAAGCUAUGUACCUCUGACCUCAGGCUUUCAGGGUGCGGUGGGGAGGGGGUGGUGGUGAAUAGCUAGCUGUAGAGGCUUCAGGACCUUUGCUUCAACCCUACCAGUUUCUCUUUUUUUCCCUGUUUCGCAUAUUGAGGUUCCACAUAAGAUCUCCCAUAACAAAAGGGC